AUGGAGGGUGAGGAGGAGGCUGAGCUGCAGGCGCUCGCCCUCGAGGACUUCAAAGCAGCCCUGGCCCAGCAGGGGCCCCAGGAGGCUGCUGCCACGCUUCAGAGCUACCUGGCCGAGCUGCAUGGGGCGCCUGAGGAGGUCCAGCUGCAGCUGGCCGCAGCCUUCCGCCAGCACGCCGCCCUCCACCUGGCGGCAGGCGGCGGCGGCGGUGCUUGGGCAGAGCUGCAAGCGCUGUUGCUGCGAGUCGUAGGCAGCAGCAGCGCGGCGGUACAGCAUGUGCAGGGCGUGGGGCAGGAUGCCGUGGCGGCCCUGCUGUAUGGGCAGGAGGGCGAGGCAGCCACGGCCGCCGUGCAGCGCUUGCAGGCGUGCCGCGACAGCCUGGCGGGGCUGCUGGGCGUCAACCUGCGCUCCCUGCCCCCCCCAGCCACCCACCAGCAGCGGCGCAGCAUGCUGGCCUGCCUGCUGCACCUGCGCCUCUUCCAGCCUCCCGGCCUGCUCCCAGCAGCUCUUCAGGCGCUCUCUGACCUGGCAGCCCCGCCCUGGUUUGGGCGCGACCUGCCCGACGCGCGGCGCCAGCAGGCGGCGGCGUUCGAAGCGUUUGCCGCCGUGGUGCAGCACGCCGGGGCCCGCCGCCGCCUCACCGACGCGCAGUGCCAGGCUGCCCUCCGCUUCCUCCACCUCUUCCGCCCGCCCCUGCCCGCCGUGGCCGACACCUGGUGGGCGCACUUUGCCGCCCUGCUGCGCGGCCUGGUGUGGCAGGCGGUGGGUGGCGGCGCAGCGGCCCUGACGCGCGCCGCCCCGCAGACGCUGGCGCGCAGCCUGUGCUGCCUGGAGACAGCCCACAUGGUGGUGCCGCUGGUGCUGGCCCAUCCCGCCUUCCAGCCAGGUCCCGAGGAUGCCACGGCGGGCCCCUCCCGCCGCAAGAAGGGUGGCGGCAGCGGCGCCAGCGCGGGCGCCAAGCGCGGCCUUGCCACGGCCGCCGCCCUGCUGGCUCACAACGCGCCGGCCUUCCUGGCAGGCUGCUGCGAGCUGCUGCGGCCCGAGGUCAACUGCACGCUGCAAACCCGAGUCGAGGCGCUGGCAGCCAUGGACCGCGCGGCCGCCUCCUACCUGGACGCCUGUGAGGGCCAGGAGGAGGGCGAGGGCGCUGCGCUGCGCCUGUGGCCGGCAGCCGCCCUGGACCAGCUGCUGUUUGUGCUGCGGGCCGACCCCAGCAUCCGCGUGCGGCGCGAGGCCAUGCGGCUGCUGAGCUCGUCCGCGGCGGCGGGGGGCUCGCCGCAGGAGGCGGCCCUGCUGCGCGCGGUGCUGCUUCGCUGCCGUGACAAGGACGAUGCGGUGCGGCGGGAGGCUUUUUCCAUGCUGGCGCAGUUCCCGCAGGCCAGCCUGGAGCGCCAGCUGGCGCUGCCCGACUGGCAGACGCUGCUGGACAUUGGCUUGGCGGGGCCGCUGCCAAGUGCCGGCGGCGGCGCCAAGGCGGCCUCUAAGCACGCUGCCGCCAUCCGCGGGAUCGCAGUGCAGCUUCUGCAGAGGUACCUGGGGCUGGGCAAGGAGGGUGGCGGCGGCGGCGGCGCGGCAGAGGGGGAUGCAGACAGCGAGGGCGGUGGACACCAGUGGGUCAGCCAGGAGGAGGGCACAGCGGAGGAGCAGCCUGCCGAGGUAGCGGCGGGGCAGGUGGAUGCGGCAGGCAACGGCCGCAGUGAUGCCUGGCUGCACAGGCUGCAGGAACUGCAGCUGCCUGCCACGAGGGGCAGCACCUGUGCGGUGGCACUGCACCUGCAAGCUGCCUGGGACGCGGCGCUUGCAGAGGCGCCGCCGAAGAGGGAGGCCAGUUAUGAGCAUUACUCCGCCAUCCAGCUCAAACAGGCCAACCCGGAGGUGGUGCCCCACCCCGACCCGCUGGUGGAGUCGGCAUCGCUUGCGGCGGUGCCGCUGCCGCCGCCCGCCUUCCAGCACCUGAUAAAAGACGUGGUGCAGAGCGGAAAGAUCAGCGGCGCGCAGCUGGAGACCGUGGUGUAUGCCAGCGCAAGGUUCCACGGGGCGCGCCUGGCCAGCGGCGCACGGGCGGGGUUCUUCCUGGACCUGCGCAAAGAUGCGGAGCGCGACCUGCGGGAUGUGGGCUCCAGGAUGGCUCUGUUCCCACAGGCGCGUGCACACGCAUGCUGGGGGCUCAGCGACGACGACCAGAACAAGAAGGCGCCGCGCCUGCUGGGCGCAGGCAGCGAAGAGCAGCAGGACAACCGCAUGCGCAUCUCUGUGGCGCCCAAGUCCAGGCUGAAGCAGAUCAUCACAUGGCUCAAGGCAGACCCCACCGGGGCCCCGCUCAUCGUCCUGGACGAAUGCCACAAAGCCAAAAAUGUGCUUGGCGGCAGCGGCGGCAAGCCCAGCAAGACGGCGCGGGCGGUGGUGGAGCUGCAGGAGCAGGUGCCCGAUGCCAAGGUUCUGUACAGCUCCGCCACCGGCGCGUCCGACGCCCGCAACCUCGCCUUCAUGACCCGGCUGGGCCUGUGGGGCGCCAAGGAUGCACUACAGAUGAUUGAGCUGCUGAACAAGUGA